GCUAGCGCAAUCAUGCCUAAAGGAGCCAGAAAGCAGCUAUAUAAAUAUCCUCAUUAUUUUCCCAGCAAAAUGCUAUAUCAUGGGCACCUAUACUAGUAACUACCUAGCUAACAUCAACAACUAGAAUCAGUAAACCAUGGCUCCCGUAACCGAAAUCGUCAUCCACACUCUCAAACCAGGCACAGACGUGGAGACUUUCUACAAGCUCUUCGCAGUUAUCAAGGAGCACCCGGGCGCCCAAGCUGUGCGUAUUUCUACCGUGCACGAGAAUCCCGAGCAGGUCGACCUCUUUAUCGACUGGGACAGCAUCGAGUCGCACCAAGCCCUCCAAGCCCAAACAGAAGCCUACAAUGCCUUCAUUGACCAGGUCAAGCCACACGUUGCUAAACUCGCUACUGUAGUCCACGCAGAGCUGACUCCGUUCCCGCCCACCGUGCUGGAUAAUGUCGAGGGCAAGGGUAAAUCACCCGUUGCCCAGCUUCUACUCACCUACUUCGCGCCCGACACCGACGCAGCCAAGAUAUUUACCGAGGGGCAAAGAUUCGUCUCUAAGCUGGCUGGCGCGAGCUUCGCGGGCUUGACGGGCGAGUCCUCUCUCGGCUGGACGGUCGAGAAGGACGUCGACUUCAAGGGCGAGAAAACCCGUGUGCUAGUUAUUAUUCUGGGCUGGGAGAGCGUCCAAGCCCAUUUGGAGGCGCGCGAGACAGAUGCUUGGAAGAGUAUAAUUGGCGAGUUCCAGGGCGCUGCAGAGGGCCUUAAGGGCUUUGAGGUCACCCACGUUAGUACUAGGGCUAUAUAGGGCAGAUACUAGGUUAGGUCGAUACUUAGAGAGCUCAGUGUCCUCGUGUUAAUACAUCAGGAUGUUGAUACAUAGAUUAACGAUUCACGAAGAGAGACCACAUUUGCGAUACUGCA